AAUUGGUCUAUGAAGCUGAUUUUUAUUCCUUGUGUUGACACGGUGUAUAGCAGAAUUAGUUUGAAAAUGUUCUUGGUUAUUUACAAUAAAGUUCAUUAACGAGAAUAUGUAUUCACAUGGAAGAGCUAAGAUUUCUAAUCUCUUAAACAGACUUCUACACGUUCUAAGGUUAGAAUUGGAGGAAGAAUAAAUAGUCCUAUGUUGCCUAGCAACCAGACACUCUAGAAAAUGGUGGUCUGCCUUUAUAUGAAAUAAAUAUUCAUGUGAUGGCCCACAGUCAAACUUCACAAUGAAGAUGUAACCUGCAAUGGAGUAGUGAAUAAUUUGUCAUACAUUAAGAUUCUAUAUGGAAUAAUAACGUAACAUAAUGAAGUUACUUUAAUGAAUGAUUUUUAUAGAAAGGGUGUUUGUAUUGAAAACUCCAACUAUGAGACUUAAAAGAUUUUUACUACGAUACUUUCCUCCAGGGAUUGCCUUGGAAUACAUCCAAGGGGGAAAAACAAAAACAAAGAUGUUAGGUCUUUCAAGCCUUUCAACGAGGACCAAUGUCAACGAACUGGCUGCAACUAUAGCAGCUGAUGAGCCUCUGGUUACUCCUAGUGUGGUACCUCAACUUGUUGAGUCACUCUGUAAGCUCCAAACAAAGCUCAGUGACGCCAGUAACCACUGGUUUCAUAAUUCUAAGACUCUCAAGACACAUCUGCUGCCUCUUACUAAUGUUGCAUUUGAUAAGCAAGGCAAACGUUGUCUCACUGGGAGUUAUGAUCGUACUUGCAAAGUAUGGGAUACUGACUCUGGCAAAGAACUCUGCACCUUAAAGGGUCACAAAAAUGUAGUUUAUGCUGUAACAUUCAACAGCCCAUUUGACGACAAGAUACUGACAGGCUCCUUCGAUAAGACUGCUUGCCUGUGGUCUGCGGAGACUGGCGAAUGUUACAGCACAUUGUGGGGCCACACUGCAGAGGUGGUCGCAGUCCAGUUCAAUCUCCAGUGUCAUCUGGUGGGCACCAGUUCCAUGGAUUCAACUGCCAAACUUUUUAAUAUUGCUACAGGACAAGAAGUAGCAACAUUACAUGGGCAUACAGGAGAAGUAAUUGCACUCAAGUUCUCUGAUGAUGGCAAUCAGAUAAUCACCGGUUCAUUUGAUCAUUCUAUCGGCGUCUGGGACACCCGCACAGCAAAAAGAGUAGGUAUUCUUAAUGGUCACUUACAAGAAAUAAGCAACUGCUUGUUUAACCAUGACGGCAGCCUUAUAGCUAGCAGUUCAAUGGACAAAACGGCGAAAGUGUGGGAUCAACGUACAUUCUCCAGUUUGGCUACCAUUACGGGACAUAACGACGAGGUUCUAGAUAUUGCAUUUGAUUAUAAGGGUCAUCAGCUAGCAACAGCAAGUACUGACGCUACUGCAUGCAUAUGGGAUGUUCACUCAGACUUCAAGCUGUUGGCUAAAAUGAAGGGUCACAAGGAGGAGGUUUCAAAGGUAUGUUUCAGUCCUGCGGGAGCUCGGCUUCUGACUGCAUCGCUAGACAGAACAGCUCGUCUGUGGAAUGCAGACACUGGGAACUGUAUCCAGAUACUCGAUGGACAUACAGAUGAUGUAUUUUCAUGUGCAUUUAGUUACAAUGGAGAUAUUAUCAUCACAGCUUCCAAGGAUAACACGUGCAAAAUAUGGAGAUGAGCCGUGCAAGGUUCACCCAGAUCUCUGACAGCAAAAAUUACCGCAGUUAUGCUCCACAGAUCACAAUAUUGGGUCAUUUACUGCAAUAAAUCUGUUAAAGACAAAUGUUAACUUAUGACAUUGUAUUCCAAUCAAUGUAAAAUAAUUUAUCAAUCAUACUGUAAUAUAUGUCAGAAAUGAAAAAUUCAAA